UACAAACACGGAAAAGGAGACUUUUCGAAGGCAGAGAACCCGGAAAUGCAAUAGUCUGGCAACUUUCUCAAUAAAUAAGACUGCAAAACAUUCCCCAAAUGGCGCAGAGAAAUGAAAACGAAUGCGCCGUGAAGGCAGCUGAGGAGACAAUCUCAGACCUCCUACAUCGUACAAAUGCCCUGGAAAAGCGAAUAAGUAGUCCGCAUUUGCCGGAGGAAGAACGUGUGCAGGCAGAGGAAGAUCUGAAGUACAUAAAACGAGUGCUGGAGAAGAAUCAGGAACUCCUGGCAAAAAUGCGAAAAGAAGAUCGUAAGCCUAUGCUUGUGAUUUCCAUUCUUGUCUUCCUCUGCUUCUUCUUCUACUCCCUCUACGUUCUCUUUUACGGAGCAUAAGAUGAAGAUUUUGGACAAAAAGUAAUUCCAAACAUUCCAAUUAACGAAAAUACUCAGAGAAAAUCUCGGGGGUGGGAAUUUACAAGAAAUGAGAUGAUUUUGUAAUUUAUAUAGAGAAAAGAAAUCCUUACAAUACAGACGCGAAAGAAGUGUGUAAA